UCAACUUCAAAUGGGGGGUUCAAGCGUCCUCCGGUUAACGAGUCUCCACAUUCUGAGCGAUUGCCUUUUGACGGCCUCUGACAGACGGUUUGUGGCACGUUCGGUGAAGAAUAAUCCCAAAAUUUAUAUCAAUUUCCAUUGAGCUUUGAAUGAAGAAUGAUAUUACUUAAAUGAAUGCAAGAACUGUACUCUUCUGCUUCAUCGUGAGUCUUUUUGCUAUUUAUGUUUACAUUAAAAAUCAAUCAAGCCAUGGGGGCAAUGUUUUAUCUCAAAGAUGUUACAAAGAUUAUGUCAGAAACAUGUCUGUGUGUAUUCUUGAAUGCCCAAAUGGAAUGUUUGCAUUGCCAGGAAUGAGAUCAUGCCAUCCUUUGUUAACAUGUGACACUAAAAUUAAACUUAUUACAACAAUUUCUACAAGUGUUGUCAAAACGGUAUAUUUGGCAGAAUGGGAAAAUCAUGAAGUUGUGCUCUCUGUACUUUCUAAAGAAGAAUAUGAAGAAGAUUUUAAACAAAAUUUAUUCAUGAUUAAAUCUUUCAAUGGUAAAAAUACUGUUCAACUUAUUGGCUUUUGUAAUAAUAAUAUCUUAACUAAAUACUAUGCAUUAGGAAAUGCUCUAAAUGUAAAUUAUCAUUUAAGAAACUCAUUAAAAGCAUAUGAUAGUGUCAAUUUACGUUUAGACUUAUGCAUAAAUUAUGUUAAUGUGAUCAAUUUUUUGCAUACUAGUCCUGUUGGCACGAGAGUUAUGUGUGAUUCAAAUACUCUAGAAAAAACCUUAUCACAAUUUUUACUCACAGAUGAUCUAAACAUAAUUGCUAAUGACUUAGAUGCAACACCUGAAGUAGACAAGAUAAAGAAAGGUAUACUUUGCGGCAAUAGAGCUUUGAUUGGUUCAUUUGUAGCUCCAGAGCAACUGUGGCCAUAUGGUGACCAAAAGUAUGACCCUGAAAAAAUGCCACUGUAUGAUGAAAAGACAGAUGUAUGGAAAAUACCUGAUAUUUGUAAUUGGUUCUUAGGUGGCAGUUCAGAAGCUGAUAUUUUAAAAUAUAAAUUAUUUAAUUUCCACAAAACUUGUAAAAAUAGGGAUCCAUCUAAACGCCCUAGUGCUGCACUUGUACUAGAAAUGUAUAAAAAUGUUCGUAAAGAGUUGUUGAAAAAUGUUUAAAAAAAGUAAUAAAUUGUAGAUAGUGCAUUUUCGAUAGAUGAAAUGCUAAUUUAUUAUUAAAGAGUAGUAUAAAUGUUUGGAUCAUUUUUAAAAAAUUUCAUUAAGUGAGUAAAAAUCU